UGAUGUUAUAAGGACCUAUGUGUAAAGUGGAAGAGAUAAAGAGAAGAUAAAGGGCUGUGGUGGAAUUGACCAAGCCAAAAGAAAUUUCCCCCAAUUACAACAUGGUAUACAGAGCUAGGAUUAGGGUUAUCACCGGAGCUUGCGCGGCGGCCGGCGCGUGAGGCUGCGGCGCAGGCGCGAGGCGGCACUGCGGCGGGGCAAGGCGCUGCGUGAGGUCGUGCGGUCGUGUGCAGGUGCGAGGCAGCACUGCGGUGCAGGCGCGCGAACGGGCGUGGCAGUUGGCCGGCGCAGGGCCUCACGCAGGAGCCGCGCAGCUGGCGUGCGACGCGGCCGACGCAUGGGCGAGCUGCAGCAGCGCAGGCGGCUGGGCGUGUGUGCGAGCGCUAGGCGAGUGUGGGCCGCUGCGAGUGUCCACCGCCGAGGGCUGCGUGCCUUCGUGUUUUAGCUGCUGGUGCUGGUGUGUGCCUGCAUGUGCGUGUGCAAUGCCUGUGUGGAGCAGUGAUGACGUGAUUGGCUCUCUCUGAUGGUGAUUGGUUGCUGCGUAUGAAGGCUGCAAGUUUUUAAUUGGUUGCUGGUGGCGAUUUUUGCUUUGGAGUUUGGAUAAGAAGACUAGUUUGUUGUACUUGUGCUGCUUGGUGGUAUAUUUGGGCAGCUGAUUUUUGGGAAGAAGCCUGGUUCGUGUGGUGGUGUGGCGUGUGAAGAAGUUGUAGGGAAGAUGAAAAUGGAGGGCAAAUUGAAGGCAAAAGUGGAGGAAUUGAAGCCCUUGAGUGCUAAGAAGACAGAGAUGGAAUUUAUGGUUCGAUUUUUGAAGGCAGAGAUUAAAGCUAGAGCAGAGUCAUUGGAGGCGAGGUUGGUGGCUGCAUUGGCUGAGGAAGGAGAAUUGGAGGAUGAUCUGUUAGCGAAGAAGAGGGAGUGUGAUUUGGUGAAGGAGAAGGAAGAGAUUUCUAUCACCACCACAGCUGAUCCUGCAGCUGUCAUAUGUAACUUUGGUAACUGCGCCAACUAUGCCCACAUGGGCGAAGGAGAGGGGGACUGGGAGAGUGAUUGGGACUGGAGUCAGGCGUGAUGGGUUGUGGUUUGUCAAUCAUCAGGAGUCAGCAUUGACGACAACUGUUGAAGGAGAUGUGAAGAAAAUCCUGCUACUCCAUCGUCGGUUAGGACAUGUGCCUUUUGAGAGUUUGAGCAAAUUACACUCUGAUGUUUUUAAGAAGGUAGACAGAAGUAAGCUUCUAUGUGAUGCAUGUGAACUUGGCAAGCAUACAAGAUCAGUUUACCCGAACAUUGGUCUUCGUAGCCGCAAACCCUUUAUGUUACUCUGAUGUUUGGGUCCCUGUUCAGUCACAUCAGUAAGUGGAUUCAAGGGAUUUGUCACCUUUAUUGACUGUUAUACCCAUAUGACAUGGAUCUAUAUGAUCAAGGGUAAGAAUGAAGUUCCCCAAUGCUUCCAA